UGAGUUCCAGUUCAAGCUUGAUCUUCCAUUUAUCGAGCUUCGAAGCCAUGGCUUCACAAAGGUCACAAUUACCAGCCUUGAUGCUAUUAUUCCUCAAUCUAUUGCUCUACUUCAUCGUAAUUGUGAUUGCUUCAUGGGUAGUGAACCAUGCCAUUGAAAAGACUCAUGAGACAGCUUCUGUUUUGUCAGUUCCGGCUCGAAUCUUUCCCUUGUGGUUCCCAAUGGGAAACUUGGCAACGGGUUUCUUCAUCAUCUUCUCCCUUCUUGCCGGCGUUGUAGGCAUUGCCACCUCCUUCACCGGAGUUGGAAACGUUCUUCGAUGGGACCGUCCCAGCUUAAGUGCAGCAGUUGGAUCUUCCCUGCUGUCCUGGGCACUCACUCUGCUAGCCAUGGGUCUACCCCCAACAACCUCAGAUUUUCUGCAAGAAAAAACGCCCCCCCUUUCUCCCUGUAGUCCCCGAAGAAAUCAUCUUUGAAAGUAUCCUAACUCGAUUACCGGUUAAAUCUCUCUUUCGAUUCCGCUGCGUCUGUAAAUCCUGGUGCUCCUCCAUCUCUGAUCCUCGUUUCGUCCAAAAUCACCUCACCCUCGUCAAGUCCCAUGACGGUUUGGAGCAUUGGAGGGUUAUUUUUCAGUACCCAUGGCGUGUUCUCAAGUCAUGCUCCUUAUCCAAUAUUUUUCACGAACUGAAAGGCUGCUCUGUUGAUCUUGAUUAUCCAAUGAGAAAAGCUCGUCUCAAUGUCGAAAUUGUCGGGUCGUGCAAUGGGUUGGUUUGUCUCUGUUUCAGGCAUCAGGAGAAUCUGUUGAUCAUGUGGAAUCCUUCCAUUAAAGAAUGGAAGGUAAUUGCUUCGUGUGCGACGGGUUCUCCACCGAAAUCUGCUUACGGGUUUGGUUACAGCCAGAGCUUUGAUGAUUAUAAGCUGGUUCAAUUGGCAAUUGGGAAAACCGGGAAGCCUCGAACCAACGUGUACUCUUUGAGAGCUGAUUCUUGGAAGAGCAUUGAGGAAUUCCCUUCAGAAAUAGCCUCGGAACCAUCUUCAGGUAAGGUUGUGGGUGGAGCAUUGAAUUGGGGUGUCGAUGUUAGGCCAAACAAUUCUUGGAUGAUUGUCUCUUAUGAUUUAGCAGAGGAGAGAUUCGAGACACUCUCGCAGCCCGAUUGCAUUUCCCAGGAGACUAAGCAGACGUUGAAGGUAAUGGGCGGUUGCCUUUGCAUACUAUGUGUUCGAUUUAGGGUCUGUGUGGAUAUUUGGAUGAUGAAAGAAUAUGGGGUCAAGGAAUCCUGGACUAAGUUGGUUAGUGUGAAAUAUCCAUGGAAUUUAACGCCCUCCCAAUUAUCUAAAUCUCUCUGUUUCAUGAAAUGCAAUGGAAUUCUGAUGUUCCUUGGUAAUUAUCUGGCCAUCUUCGACAUGGAUGGAAAAACUUACAAGUAUCCUGUAAUUUAUGGUGUU